AUGUCGUACGCCGUGCCGCUGCGAUUCGCGCGCCCGAUGCGUUUACUACCAUUACGCACGGCACUGCGCGCGCCGCAGCGGCGGUUCGCCAGCCGACGCUCAGCCAGCUCAGCCAGUCUUCAGACGGGCGUGACGCGGGACUCAUCGAAGGAGGAUGAGUUCGGACAGCUGGAUGAGGAUGGGAAGUUGGCGGCUAUUGAGAAGGCGCUUAAGGUCGAGCAUGUCUGGAAGCGGAUGGGCUAUGACAUGUGGGCCGAAGCGGCCGAGACGUUGGACGUGAUUGUGCCGAGGAAGAUUCACUUCUGGAGGAAUCUGUUUACACGGUUCACUAUUGACGUGCCAACAAUACGGAGUAACUUCCUGAAUGCUUGCAAGAAUGCUAUGGCAAUGUACCACCUCGGCAUGGACCCCGUAUUCUUUCGAUCGAGCCAUAUCCGUUUCGCGCAAUGGUCACCUUUGACAGCACCAUUCCAAGUCUUCGGUGCUCGCCGGACCGACAGCCGAGCAUGGUUGUACGAGCACAAAGAUGCAUUCGUACAGCUGUACAAGGAGAUGUCCAGCGCAACUGUGCAGGGCGACUCGGUGGUGUUGAGGAGAGUCGCGAGGGAUGAGAUGUUGAAGAGUCUCGAGGCUACUGCAGCGGCAUAUGCGAAGGCAGCUGCACCGAAGGAGAGGAGAGAGUGGACUAUGCACUCAUUGAAGAGCGCGAAGGUCGAGUCUAUCAGGACAACACCGAUGAUGAUGAGCCACAAAAUGCCAGAGACCGGCUCCCGCCUCCUCGUCCAUGCACUCGUCAGGAUAGAGAGCGAGCAGUCUCUGCGCGUCACCGACCACAAACGCCGCCCAUUACCUAAGGGCCAGUGGGAGCCUAAGCGUGUCGUCGAGCGCGUCAUCUUUGAGCGCCGGUUAUGGAACACUGGACGUGACGGCGAGUGGAAGGCAAAGGACAAGGUCUACGAGGAGGAGUAG